CUAAGUGCACAACAUUUCGCUAGCUGGUGCUUGGAGUGGAGGAUGUCUCUCAGCAUUGAAGGUUGAUGGGUUUUGGAUGUAGAAUGGAUCCGACUAAAACCCCAACAUCACGGAUGAAAUUGGUCUUGCUCCUGUUGGCUCUGGUGGCCAGUGAGGUAGCAUCCAGACCUGGUGAACCACGGCAGAAAUGGCGCCUCUGCGGCUUUUUGGAUCUACCAUUCGGACUGUCGCCAGUCGGCAACUUUGGGAGCCGGACAGUUAGACUGGAUCCGAGCGGGUCGCUGCACUGCUCCUGCAGCGACGAAAAUGCCGUCGUACCCGAGAUAAUAAAAGCCGAUCUAGCGGACGGCGAAGGGAAAUUCUUUACUACCCUGAAUGUGACAAUAUACCCUUGUCUGUUGGCUCUGUGUAAUCAGCGGAUGACGAGCAGUGUGGACGUUUCAAACUUUACCUCUGUGGAGCUGUUUCCACCUUCGUGUGCAAAAAGUAUUAUUCUCCGCAAAACCGACGAUGCAGGGAUUGAGAUUUCGGUCGGGAGUAAACUGCAAAAACUACGCUGUGAACUUCCACCUUACAUUUCUCUUUCUCAAACACUUUCAAGAUAUCUGGCAGAGUCAGACACUGGAGUAGUGAAUGUGAGGUGGCUUGUACCUCUAGACAUGGGCAGUUGUGCAGGGUCACUCAUGAGAAAUGGACCCUUGCAUGCCACUGCCCAGCUCGUAUUUCGAAACUCAAAUGAGAACGAACUGCCUCAUUUUUCUUCCAGCUUACAAGCUCGGCACAGUAUUGUCCGCCGCAGCAAUAACCCACCGAGUUUCGUGUCCAGCUACUACAGUGCACAGGUGCCUGAGAAUUCUCCGAUCGGUACACUAGUCGCCACAGCAGAGGCCACUGAUAUCGACGAGGGAAUCAAUGAAGAGCUAAUCUAUACUAUGGUACCCAGCACAAACCACCUCAGUGCAGAGUUCUUUCAAAUACACAACACCAGUGGGCAAAUAACUACUAAAGCCGACAUUGACCGGGAGGAGAUGGCUGGACACUCUUUCCAUGUGACUGCCACAGAUGGCUCCGGGCUGGACUCCACGGUCAUCUACUCCAUCUCUGUCACUGACGAGAACGACAAUGCACCCGAGUUUACGACGGGAAACUCCUACUCUCUUACCCUUGACGAAGACCGAAACUUGAACCAGGUCUUAAGUUUUUUGGUGGUUGAUCCAGACGAGGGGACAAACAGCCAAGUCACCUUCUCCCUGCAGAACAAUACCGGGAACACCUUUGUCGUGAUUGCCCUGCCCCCCAGCAGCUCUGGGACCUACACCAGCAGUUUGUUCCUAGCUCAACCACUAGACUACGAAACUCUGAACCUCUACCAGCUGACCAUCGUGGCGAUGGACGCCGGGGACCCAAGCCGCACCAGCAGUGCAACUGUCGAAGUGUCUGUGGGUGACGUGGUUGAUAAUCCUCCAGUGUUCACCAGCUCUGAGUUUCUGGUGAACGUUGAAGAGAGUACUCCUAUUGGGACUGUUGUAUUCAGACUGAAUGCAACGACGCUGGACUCACCAGAUAUUGCCACUGUCAGCUACCAUCUACAGGAAACCUCACCCCCCGGCUUUCGGUUCUACCUGGAUAUUAACACGGGGGCAAUCUCGGUCCACAAUGAGCUGGACUAUGAGCAGCAGACACUCUACUCUCUGUCAGUUACGGCCCAAACUUCUCCCGAUCUGGUGACACCGGUAACUGUCACAAUCACCAUACUCAAUAUAAACGAUAACUCCCCCGAUUUCAUUCGCUCGGCCUACAGUGUAAACGUGAUGGAAGGCCUGCCCGUGGGGCGCAAGGUACUAACAGUUAGAGCUACUGAUGAUGAUGAUGGACCCCCUGGGGAGAUCCGCUAUUUUAUUGCCGGUAAUAACUCUGAAAUUCUCAGCAAUUUCAUUCUUAACUCAACGACUGGCGAAGUUUUCACACGGACUGUUCUCGACUAUGAAACAAGAAUAGAGUACUCGUUUGAAGUUGUAGCUCGGGACCGGGGAGACCCUGCUCGUUCCGACCAUGUCGCGGUCACGAUUCAAGUCGAGGAUCAAAACGACGAGAUCCCUGUGUUUGUAUCUCUGUCUCACUACGCCACGGUUCCCGAGAACUCCGGAGACGGGGUAUCGGUGGCACAAGUGGAGGCGGAGGACCCCGACGGUCCGUCGUUGGAGUACCACCUCGUGAGUACCCAACUCCGGAGUCUGUUCUCCGUCGACCUGGCCUCCGGACUAGUCACCACUCGAGAAGAUCUGGACUGGGAAGAAGCAGUUACCUAUACCCUCGAGGUGUCUGCCAGCGAUGGCUAUCACGUCAGCCUUGAGAAUGCCCGAGUCUAUGUAACAGUCAGCGACGUUAAUGAUCAAACUCCGCUGUUCCCUUCCAGUGGGUAUAGAGUUGAAGUGUCAGAGUUAGAAUCACUCAAUGGUACAGUUGUGGUAGUUGAAGCUAUUGACAUUGACGAGGAGGGACCAAACAGUCAGUUGAUGUACUGGUCAACCAAUAUCCCGCCGUAUUUCACCCUCUCGCCACAUUCUGGGGUGAUGACUCUGGCAGAGCCCCUGGAUUACGAGAACAAAGCGUAUUUCAACUUUCAGGUGUGGGCCGGGGACAGUGGCUCGCCCGUUUUGUCCUCGUCUGCUGUCGUGGAGGUUACGGUACUCGAUGAAAACGACAAUGCUCCUCAGUUUACCUCGUCCGAUCGCUCGGGAAGCGUGUAUGAGAAUGAACCAGCAUACGUGGGUGUGUUGUACCUCAUAGCAACAGACGCCGACAGUGGGUCAAACUCCCAACUGGAAUACGAAAUAAUAGCCGACCAGAGUGCAAGAGGGUCAUUCCUAGUGGAUGAGAUGGGUGCCGUAAAGACUAGUCGCUCGCUGGAUCGCGAGGAGAGGGAAUCGUACAACCUCACCAUUGAGGUGAGGGACAAAGGCUCAAUGCCUCUCUCGUCUACCAUCGAGGUCCAUAUACAAGUAAAGGACAAGAUAGACUACCCUCCCAGGUUUAGUUCAAUCAGCUACGAGAGGGAGAUAACUGUCUAUACACCAGUUUCAACUCCACUACUGACAGUGUCUGCCUCAACUAGAGACGAUGUAGCUCCUACGUCCAUACUCUACAGCCUUCCCAUCGGUGCCAACCGGACGCUGUUUCGCAUCGAUCGCUCCUCGGGAGUGAUAUCCGCCGCGACCAACAUCGACCCGGUGGCUCAUCGGGGAAGAUACAGUUUCCACGUGGCUGCCCAGCACGAUCGGUUCUCUGCAACUGCCUCGGUUCUGAUUGACAUCCUGCCCAACUCCAAGAUCCCGUGGCUCAGGUCUCUCACGGCAUACGUGACCCUUUUCACGUCGCUGCUGAGUCCUUGGACCACACUGGGUGCAGUUGCUUUGGAGAGGCCUCACGACAAACCAAUCACUUACUCUCUCUCGUCGUCCGACGUGGCCGCCCAUCGUUGGUUCUCAGUCAACUCUCUCACUGGCGCAAUAUCGCUAAGUUCUGCCGCCCGCCGCGGGCACUACCGCUUCGAUAUCAUCGCGACCUCUGAACUCGGUGUGGGGAAAGGUGGCGUCGAGGUGUACGUUCAAUCGGUGACAAACUCCACACUGGACAGUGCGGUGGUGGUAGAUUUUGACGGCGGCUCAGAAAUAUAUUUCGUGUCAGUCACACUCGAGAACUUUGCGGCGGCACUCACAGGGAUCGUCCCCUGCUCCAGAGACCAGGUGGAGAUUGUGGGUGUUCAGGAAGGACAAAUAACAGACUCUCAGUUGUCAUUGCUGUCAGAGAGAAAGGCCUCAGAAACUACAUCCCGAGGGAGACCCUCCUGGAUAGAUUACGUGCUAAUAAAGGGUCCUCUCGUCUCCAAAACGUCGUCAGUUUUGGAUCCGAUGCGUGUGUGAGCGAGCCGUGUCCCAACUUUCAGCGGUGUUCCCCGACAGUCCACGUCCAGCGAGUCAGUCCACUGAGAGUCUACAAAGUCCUGCAGAGCGCAGAGCAAGUCUACAUCUCCCACCCCUUCUCCCCAUCGUUUACCUGUCACUGUCCCCCUGGCAACGACCUCGACGAACUCUGCAGUGUUGAAACGGACCCCUGUACACCGUCACCGUGCCAUUUCAACGCUCCGUGUCGCAGACUCGGCGAUGACUACGUGUGCGAGUGCCCGCCACACACGGGCGGGAAAAACUGCAGCAAAGUCUGUCCUUCCUCCAUCUGCCACCCGUGCAACCCCGAUGUCUGUCUCCACGGGAGUCUCUGUCUGGAAUCGAUAGAGCGCACCACCUACUCUUGCAUCUCAUGUCCCUGGCCCACCGAGUACGCCGGACACGACUGUGAGCUAACGUCUGUUCAUGUAUCCUCUGGCGGAUAUGUGGUGUUCCCCAGCCUCAAAUCACUCGUGAAGACAAAGAUUUCUUUCCGGUUUGCAACAGUGUCACCCGACGGUGUACUCGUUUUCUCGGGCCGUGUGUCCGGGUCACAUGACCUGCUCUCCGUCGAUCUCGUUCAGGGUCAAGUCAGGGUCACUCUCUCCCUCGGAGACCCCGACGAACUCGUCACCAUGACAACGAACUCUGUCCGGAGGUUAAACGACGGGAAGUGGCACGAGGUGUCGCUGGAUUUGAGGGCCAUCUGCAGAUGUUGACUGUGACUGUGUCAGAGUGUUCUGAAACCUCCUAUACCACCACCAGUAGCCCCCUCACUGGAGUCGAGGCUGACUCUUGCGUCCUGCAAGGAAGAGUUGCCACCAGAAAAAAGU